AUCAAAGGUUCAGACGCAGCUGUGAUUCCAACGCGAAAGGAACUUAUCCAGAUUUCCGAGUGUCCUGUAAACAGGACCAUCUUCUGCAGAACCAUGUUGCGCCUCCUGCUGCUGCCGCUCUUUCUGUUCACUUUGUCCAUGGCCUGCAUGGGGCAGACUUUUCAGUAUUCCCGGGGCUGGACAAAUGGCAAAAGAUCCUUUAACUCUGCAUCCCCACUGCUGGCCAACGGGCAUUUCCAUCGGGAUCGGGGAAACGAGCUGGGAUUCACGGAUCUGUACGAUAUUCAGGAUUGGAGCAGCGAACGCAAACUGGAGCGAUGCCUGUCGCAACUUCAACGUUCAAUGAUUGGUCGAAACUGUGCCCCGGGAUCGGACUUCAAUGCCAUCCGUGCAGAUGCAGAUCCUGAUAGCAGCUCCCAUCCCAGACUUUCAAACAUUAAUAACGAAAACGUUUUGUACUCAAAUGCCAAUAUCCCGACAAGACAUCGCCAAACGAAUGAACUGCUCGAGGAGCUGACUGCCGCUGGUGGAGCUUCUGCUGAGCCCAAUGUAUUUGGAAAACAUUAGCCAUUGUCUCAUUAGUCGAUUGAAUGUGAAAAAUAUUGUUAAACUAGCAAAAAAUGCUACAAAAAUGUAAAAAAAAAAAGUUGUAAUUGUUAAAUAAAUCUGAGGCUUUUUAAUAAG